GGAGACGGCUCAUGGGCCUUUCCUAGCGAGGAAGAAGAGAUAGAAGAAUAAAAUAUCACUAUAAAAAUAAGUCAAUUGGUGGAUCUCUCAAUCAUUUUGUUUCAUGCACGUUGAUAGAUCCACAUCAGGGUGGUGCUGGACAUGUACUAUAUCUAAGGAAGAAUUGGGUCAGGCGUAUUCCAUAAAUAUGUACAAAUUAAAAGUAAUGUAUUUUAUCAAAAAUGGUCUGUAAUGUUUGAAAAUCAGCAAUGUGUUUUACUUACGGGUAGGUACCAGUAUUUUUUCUCGUGAAUAUUUCAUUACUUAUUAUAAUUACUCGUAAUAUUCAUUACAAAUUCAAUUCAAAAUGCAUUUAAUAUCACUUAAAGUAUUGGUGUUUAAUAUAAAAUUAUUUGGCCAACAGAAAUGAUUAAAAACUAUUAAUCUUUGGUAUGCUUGGGAGCAGAUAUUCUCCAUAUAUUGCUAUAUUAAUGGCAACAUUUUUGACAGGAGCAUACAAAACGUUAAUUAUAAAAACAGGGCACUUAAAUUGUUUUUUUUUUUCAAUUCAAUUAAUAUGUCUGAUACUCAUGGAAGUUUUGUUAUUAAAAUGGUAAAAAAAUGUUUUUAGACCCUACCUGCUCGUUUUUUAAUACCACGUCGGUGGCAAACAAGCAUACGGCCCGCCUGAUGGUAAGCAGUCAUCGUAGCCUGUGGACGCAUGCAACACCAGAGAUUACAUGCGCGUUUUCGACCCUUUAAAAACCUGAACACUCCUUUUUUGAAGAAACCCAUACUCUUUAUUUUUAGUCUUAAACCUAUAAAACAUACUCGUACCUACUUUUUAAGCUAGGGUUCCAAAUUUACUUUAGAUAGCACACAUUUUGGGCACGUGCGGUCAUUGUGUCGCGCCUACAUCCCUUAAUUAAUUCGUGUGGGACAGCGGCACUGCAUGUCAACACCAGCCUUCCGUUUCAGUUGUUGUGUUUAUUAUAUUAUGUAGAGGAUUUAUUUAAUCGGUUUCCGUUGUCCAGCCAACUUGGUUUCAGUUACUUCUAUGAAUGUCGUAGAUAUCAUUAACGGCACAGUCUAUCAAAAUUAUUCUUCAGGUCGUAAGUUCAAUUUUGACAUGAAUGCCACAGUAAAAUUAACCGCUUAACAACCUAAUUUUUUUGAAAAGCAGACAAAUAAUUCCCUGAUCUUUUUCCAGUUUACAGACUAUGUGCGUUAUAUUGUUUACAAAAUCACGCCCUCACAAGUUCUCAACAGAAUGAUAACAGUAUCAGGAAAGUCGAAAGCAGGCGUUCCAUUAUCUCUUAACAAAGUUUUAACAGGCAAUUUGCCGAACCCAUGUCAAGUUCGCAAAAUCACCAAUAAAGGCACCUUCGACUGACUUUUCUCGUCCUUGCGAGGCAUACGAAUGAUAAUUUACUUAAAGAGAAACUUUACUUUGUUCAGGUAAAUUGCGUUGCACAGGAAAACAUACCAAGCAUUAUAUAACUGAUUUAUCCUUAUUGUAUCGUAAAACGAAAAUGAAUUAACUUACUUGGCAUGUAAUAUUUUGCUUGCAUAAUUAGUUGAAAAAGCCAGGGAUGAGGCCUGAUGACGUGAACACAUUAACCAACUUCUGAGAAAUUUAAAUAGUACCAGCUUUUGUUUCUUCUCGUCCUCCUCUCCCGUGACUCGCAUUCCAUGGCUUUGAGCUGAAACUCUAACAUUAAAAUUCAAGACAUCUGGUUUGGAAGAAGCAUAUAUUUCUAUUACUCGAAGUAUUCAGCCCUUUCCAUUAUAAACGAAACUCAAGUUCAAAUUGAGAUUAAAAGAAAUAAAACAAUUGUUCGUAAAUACAUGACAAGGAACUAACACUUAAACUAAAAUAAAAAACAAGAACCUGAUAAGGCCCCUUAAAUAGCUCGGCGGCACAUAAAUUGAGUUUUAUGAGGAGUUAAUAACCUUGUUAGAAACUUUUCUAUCCGCACUGUGUAUCUUUCAGAUUAAGGCUAUUCAAUAUACCUGGACUAGGCCGUCCAGGUAUAUUGAAUAGCCUUUAUUCUUUCUUUAUCUAUUCUUUAACAUUACGAUUAUUGGGUAGUCGUACCUAUACCGCGUGUAUUUUUGAUAUAACCACAAACUUAAAACGAGAUGUAGGUUUUAGUAGUAUGAAAUGAUUCUGAAGGAAAUUUUUAAUUUACUCUUAACCACAACCGCAUAUUAUUUUUUUCGGGCAGCAAUGUAUUUCGUACAUCGUGAUCACUUGUGACAGUUGUGAUGUCGCGUCAUUAAUGCGACGUUUUAACCUAGCACAUAGUAGUGAUAUAUUGCUGGCUGUAUUAUUUUAUAUGAAAAAAUGAAAGUCGUCCAUUUUUUAUAAAACCUAUGAAAGUGUGUUCAUUAAAGGCUUAACUAACUACCCUUUGAUUAUGUGGUCGUAUCAAAAAUAUAAUGUAGUAUUUCUGUAGCAUUAUAUUACAAAGAAAAUAAAAUAUACCUAUCCAUUUUACUAGCUUUCUGUGGCGUACGCUAUUCUCAGUUCCUAAAGUCUCUCAAUAAAAAAGUAAUUCCUACCUUUUCAACUUUCCUUAAACGUCCCUGCCGGACCUUGUAUCAUGCAUUUUUAAUGACUCAUUAACCUCUCAAACAACUCCCCUUAAGUGCUUUUCGUGUGAAAUGCAAGGCGGUUAAUUUGCAAGGCAGUUAGGGUUACACACAACACAAUUUAACUUUAAAAAUUGAAUAUUUACGAAUUCGAGUAGAAAUAUAGGGCGAGGAGGUGGACAUCGAUUUUCUUUAUGGUUAUUCAGAUCGUAAAUAUCAAGAUUUAUCGCAUUUAAAAUCAAUAAUAUCAAUAUAAGUACUUGGAUAGAUUCAGUAUUUAGGUACUUUGUCACGUGCUUUACCUAGAUUUGCAGUAAUACCUAUAACGUAACUACAAAAUAUUUUUAGGAGUAGGUUUAAUUGGUACCUAAUAAAUAACCUACGUCUUUGUAUGUUAUUUAUGUUGUCGAUCAAACUAAUAUAAAUGAUCAGCGGAAUAGAUACACCAGUUUGAACCACAGUAGCUUGUAGUUCGAGUCGGUCUUAACGAAUUUGUGCAUUUUAAAAUAUUUAACUUUUCUAUUAACACUACACUCCUCAUAACAACCCAAAAUGGUAUAAAACGCAAUUUUUCGCAAGCUUAAUUCGCAUUUGCGUCAAAGUAUUAUUCAGUAAGGAAGGAACAAUGGUGUCUGUCCAGAAAAUAAUUUCAUUAGCUAAAAGACUCGAGGAUCCGAAACACCCUUUAUUAGGUCCAAAUUUGAAAGGCCUUUAUGUUUACGGCCUGUGGCAAAGUGGAAGCAAAUUUCGCAAUACAUGUUAUAAUGUCAUACACUUUUGCGCUUUUUUGUUUGUAAUUAGUCAACUAAUAGAACUUUGGAUCAUAAGGCAUGAUUAUUUGGAAGCAUUACAUAACCUUUCAUUGACCGCAUUGGGAAUGGUUUGCAUUUUUAAAGCCGUGUCUUACGUUAUGUGGCAAUCGGAUUGGAAAAAAUUGGUAGAAGGUAUUUCAGCCGAAGAAAUCUCGCAAUCCGAUAGCUUGAAUGAUGCAUGUAUAGAAUUGAAGCAAAAGUAUACAAAUUAUGUAAGAAUUGUGACGUAUUUGUAUUGGAAUGUUGUUGUUUCUACUAACAUAACUAUGGUUUCGGCGCCGUUUCUAAAAUAUGCUACAAGUUCAGAAUACCGUGAACAGAUAAGUAAUGGGACGGAGCCAUUGCCACAAAUUUUCAGCUCGUGGUUUCCAUUUGAUAAAACAACAAUGCCCGGCUAUUCUCUAGCAAUCUUCAUUCACAUACUAAUUAAUAUCCAUGGAGGGGGAGUCAUUGCGCUUUAUGAUUCAAAUGCAGUGGCUGUUAUGGUAUUCAUCAGAGGCCAACUGGGAAUGUUAAGGGAAAAAUGCAAACACAUUUUUGAUGAAUAUGAAUUAGUUAAUCAAGAAAUAAUAUUGGGCAGGAUUAAAGAAUGUCACAGGCAUCAUAAUUUUAUCAUGAGGCAUAGCUCGUUGUUCAACUCUUUGUUAUCACCGGUUAUGUUCCUGUAUGUUCUUGUUUGCUCCGGCAUGAUUUGCUGCAGCGUCAUCCAGUUUACUUCGGAAGAAGCGACGGCAGCACAAAAAGUCUGGGUGCUCCAAUACACUACGGCUCUCGUGUCCCAGCUCUUCUUGUACUGCUGGCAUAGCAAUGAAGUGGUUGUGGAGUGUCAACAUGUGGAUGGCGGCGUGUAUGAUAGCGAGUGGUGGAAAGGAGAUACACACGUACGCAAGCAGCUGGCAAUGCUUGGCGGGAAACUCACGCACAAUAUCGUUUUUAGCGCCGGGCCCUUUACCACACUCUGCGUACCUACCUUCAUUGAUAUAGUGGAACAUUCUGCCAUUUGUUUCUAUGGAAGUGGGAUCGUUGCGAGUUACGAUGUUAACACGGUGGCUCUAAUGUCAUUUUUCUGUGGACAGCUUGAGAUCUUGGUAGCAAAUAGUAAGAAAUUGUUCAGUGAAGACGGUAAACUUGUCAGUUAUUCAGAAGCGAUGGAAAGAAUAAAACAAUGUCACAAGCAUCAUCUGUCAUUGAUUAAGUACUCAAAAAUCUUGAAUUCCCUGCUAUCGCCUGUGAUGUUUUUAUACGUCGUCAUUUGUUCACUUAUGAUUUGCGCCAGUGCUACUCUCUUGACAAAAGAGGGGACGACAACUAUGCAGCGAAUGUGGGUAGCAGAAUACCUGGCAGCACUCAUCGCGCAACUAUUUUUAUAUUGCUGGCAUAGCAACGAAGUGUAUUUUAUGAGCGAAAGCGUAGAUAGAGGAAUAUAUGAGAGCGAAUGGUGGCAAUGUGGGGUCGGCUUGCGUCGCUGCGUUGUGCUGCUGGGCGGGCAGCUGCGGAAAACCAUCAUAUUUGAAGCUGGACCUUUCACAAAUCUCACUGUUGCUACUUUUGUUGCGAUUCUCAAAGGAUCAUACAGUUACUACACAUUGUUGAGCAACAAUGAAGGUUAGAUUCAUAAAGCACCGUAGAUGAAAAGAGUAAAAUAGUAGAAAUAUAAUGAGAAAUAGAAAUAGAAAGAACAAAUAAUAGUAGAGUAAAAAAUAAAAUUGUGACACAAGUAACUUAAUCUUUAUUCAAUCAUUUACCUUCCCUUUAAAAACUUAAAAAAGCUAUUGCAAUUAUUUUCGUGUCGGUCCUGGGCUGCUUGGGUAACCUCCUCCCACCCCAUCCCCAAUACACCCAACUCUUGCUCCACUGAACGGCGUCAAGUAAAUUUAGGGCGACCAUGUUUCCGUCGCAGCCCAGGACCGGAGUGAGUGGAAGAAAAUGGUUCGAGCCCCUACACCCCAGCAGGGGGUAAGGAUGGGGAGAAGAAGAAGAUCCUCGUGCCGCCCAAGAAAAAAAACGCAAGAUCAGCUAAACGCCCAGUGUGUGCAAUAUAUGAGCCAUAAUAUUUUGAAGUCGUAACUGCUCACGCACUUUCUAACAUUUUUUUGAUGAAGAACUCAAUCAGGAUUUUUUUUCCGGGUAUUAGUGAAUAAAAAUAAAUACAAUGAAUUGAAUUCCGACAUCGUAUUUUUAGUUCAUUUAAAUGCACAUUGGGUUUUUAAUGAAAAAUCGAAGCUAUGAAUAUUAUAUAAUAUAUAUCUCUCACUUUAUACUUAAGCUUAAACCUCAUAAAGAUCUUCGUAACACGAAACCGUCACCAAAAUUUAUUAUAAAUCG